UAAAAAGUUUCAUAAUUUUGUCAAGUCUCUUGAUUGAUGGAGAGUGGUGAUGAAGAUAAUACAGAGGGAUCUUCACAUGUUGAAGAAGACAAGAUCUUUGUGGCACUGGGGAAUGUUAUGGAGGAAAGCACAUGGACUUUGCUUUGGGCACUGAAGAACUUUCGGAGGAAGAAUUUCUACAUUCUUCAUGUUCACCAGCCAGCUCAAGAGAUCUGUGUCAUGGGUGCGAAAUUUAAAGCAGAUGGACUAGAUAGGCAUCAAGUUAGAGCAUACCGAGAAAAGGAAAAGAAAGAAAUGAAUGAUCUUCUAAAUGAGUACCUUGAUAUUUGUCUCCAUGCUGGGGUCUAUGCAGAGCCAAUAUGCAUUGAAAUGGAAAAUGUUGAGAGAGGGAUUGUAGAGCUCAUUGCGCAGCAUGGGAUCACAAAACUUGUCAUGCGAGCAGCAUCAGACAGGCAUUAUUCAGAGAAAAUGGAAAAGCUGGAAUCCAAGAAAGCAAUCUUUGUCUACAAUGAGGCCCCAGUUUCCUGCCAUAUUUGGUUUGUCUGCAAAGGGCAUCUCAUCCUCAAGAGGGAAGGUAUUUCAGAGGAAACUGCAAUAAAGGCUCCAUCAGUCCUGGAUAGUCCUAUGAGGAUAAUUCACCAACUAGAUCAACCGAGAAAUAUACAACUUCCCAAAUCAUUCAGCCAUGGUGCUGGUGGUAGUAGUUGGCCAAGAAGUCCAGUUCAGAAUCAAAUCCAACGAGCUACAUCUACCAUAAGUGACACUACUAAAGUCCCUGCAAAACUUACUAAUCCAGUUCAGGACCUAUUCCGACGAGCUUUUUCAUCUCGCAAAAGAAAUACUGAGAGUUCAACAGGAAGGGAACAAAAGGCAUCUUCUUCCAGAGGAGAGGCUUUAGGAAUACAAAAACCAAUUAGAUUUUCUUCUCAGAGUUCAGACUGUUCAUCGCGACUUUCAAUUGGCAGUUCAGAGUCAAUUUUAGGGAGUGAGACGACUGAUAAUGAGAAAUCAUCUUCUACUAUUGAGCUUUUACUGGUAGAAGUGCAGGUAGAUGUAGAGGUAACUUUCUUGGAAUAA